CCCCAUCGCUGCACCCGCCACCCGGGAGGGGCCGGAGCCGGAGCCGCUGCCUCUCUCUGGAACCGGAGGGGACCCCCCCGUGCCCCCCACCCCCGCCAGAAGCCGCGGGGGGUCGCUGCCUGUGCCCUGGCUCGCGCUUAGCUCCUUGCACGGGGGGGGGGCUGCUGCUGCAAACGCAAACCCCUCUCUUUGCAAAGCAGGGCUGAGACCCCCCCACCCCGCUCUGUCCUUUCCCCAGCCUUGCUGCUGCUGCUGGCCGCUCUCCCCUUCUGGGCUGGGAGAGGAGGCGGAGGCGGAGGAGGGGGGGGCUCUUUCCUCCUUCCCCUAUUUGUGUUGGAUGGUGGUGGAAGGGCUGAGCACUCCCCCCCCGUGGAGGAAGGGGAGACGGAGCGCAGGAGAGGAGGUGAAGCGGCUGCGAGCCUGCCCGGCCGUGUCUAGCGAGAGCCCGGCUCUCCCAGGCUCGCCCAGCCAUGCUGGCCCCCGGGGCAGAGGUGCUGGCGGCGACCCUGCUGAUCUCGUUGGGAUUUUUGCACACGCUGGCCGGGAUCGGGCCCAUCUCUGCCCUUGACGCACCGAAGACAUGUAGCCCUAAACAGUUUGCAUGCAAAGAUCAGAUUACGUGCAUAUCUAAGGGCUGGAGAUGUGAUGGAGAGAAAGACUGUCCCGACGGAUCCGAUGAAUCUCCCGAUAUAUGUCCGCAGAGCAAGGUGUCGCGGUGCCAACCCAAUGAGCAUAACUGCCUGGGCACAGAGCUGUGCAUACCCAUGAGCAAGCUGUGCAACGGCCUUCAGGACUGCUUCGAUGGCUCGGACGAGGGGUCGCACUGCCGGGAGUUUCUGGCCAACUGCUCGGCCCUGGGGUGCCAGCUCCACUGCGUCCCGACGCUCGUCGGACCCACCUGCUUCUGCAACAGCUCCUUCCAGCUGGCCGAGGACAGGAAGAGCUGCAAAGACUUGGAUGAGUGCACCAUCUAUGGGACCUGCAGUCAGACGUGCACGAACACGGAGGGCUCCUACACGUGCAGCUGCGUCGAGGGCUAUCUCCUGCAGCCCGAUAACCGAUCCUGCAAAGCUAAGAACGAGCCCGUGGACCGGCCCCCGGUGCUGCUCAUCGCCAACUCUCAGAACAUCCUGGCCACCUACCUGAGCGGUGGCCCUGUGCCCAACAUCACCCCCACCAGCACCAAGCAGACCACCGCCAUGGACUUCAACUACAUUGAGGACACGGUGUGCUGGGUCCACGUGGGCGACAGCGCCUCCCAGACCAUCCUCAAGUGCGCCAAGAUCCCCAACCUGAAGGGCUUUGUGGAGGAGCGCUCCAUCAACAUCUCCCUCAGCCUGCACCACGUGGAGCAGAUGGCCAUCGACUGGCUCACCGGCAACUUCUACUUUGUGGACGACAUCGACGACCGGAUCUUUGUCUGCAACAGGAACGGGGACACCUGCGUCACGCUGCUCGACCUGGAGCUGUACAACCCCAAGGGCAUCGCGCUGGACCCGGCCAUGGGAAAAGUCUUCUUCACCGACUAUGGGCAGAUCCCCAAGGUGGAGCGCUGCGACAUGGACGGGCAGAACCGCACCAAGCUGGUGGACAGCAAGAUCGUCUUCCCCCAUGGCAUCACCUUGGACCUGGUCAGCCGGCUGGUGUACUGGGCCGACGCCUACCUGGACUACAUCGAGGUGGUGGACUACGAGGGCAAGAACCGGCACACCAUCAUCCAGGGCAUCUUGAUUGAGCAUCUCUACGGCCUGACCGUCUUCGAGAACUACCUCUACGCCACCAAUUCGGACAACGCCAACGCCCAGCAGAAAACCAGCGUCAUACGGGUCAACCGCUUCAACAGCACCGAGUACCAGGUGGUCACCCGGGUGGACAAGGGGGGAGCCCUGCAUAUCUACCACCAGCGACGGCAGCCCACAGUGCGGAGCCACGCCUGUGAACCAGACCAGUUCGGCAAACCUGGAGGCUGCUCUGACAUCUGCCUCCUCGGGAACAGCCACAAGACCCGGACCUGCCGGUGCCGAUCUGGAUUCAGCUUGGGCAGCGACGGGAAGUCUUGCAAAAAGCCGGAGCACGAGCUGUUCCUGGUGUACGGGAAGGGUCGCCCCGGCAUCAUCCGGGGCAUGGACACAGGUGCCAAGGUACCGGACGAACACAUGAUCCCCAUCGAGAACCUGAUGAAUCCUCGGGCCCUGGAUUUCCACGCCGAGACUGGCUUCGUCUACUUCGCCGACACCACCAGCUACCUGAUAGGGCGCCAGAAGAUCGACGGGACGGAGCGCGAGACCAUCCUGAAAGAUGGCAUCCACAACGUGGAAGGGAUUGCCGUGGACUGGAUGGGGAACAACCUGUACUGGACGGACGACGGCCCCAAGAAGACCAUCAGUGUGGCGCGGCUGGAGAAGGCCGCCCAGACCAGGAAGACGUUGAUCGAAGGGAAGAUGACUCACCCCAGAGCCAUCGUGGUGGAUCCCUUGAAUGGCUGGAUGUACUGGACUGACUGGGAGGAGGACCCCAAGGACAGUAAGAGGGGCAAGAUUGAGCGGGCCUGGAUGGACGGCUCCAACCGCAACGUCUUCAUCACCUCCAAGACGGUGCUGUGGCCCAACGGGCUGAGCCUGGACAUCCCGGCCAAGGUCCUCUACUGGGUGGACGCCUUCUACGACCGCAUCGAGAUGAUCUUUCUGAACGGCACCGAGCGCAAGAUUGUCUACGAGGGCCCGGAGCUGAACCACGCCUUUGGACUCUGCCAUUACAGCAGCUUCCUCUUCUGGACUGAGUACCGGAGUGGCAGCAUCUACCGGCUGGACCAGGUGACCAAGGCCGUCACCCUGCUGCGCAACGAGCGCCCGCCCAUCUUUGAGAUCCGCAUGUACGACGCCCAGCAGCAGCAAGUGGGCACCAACGACUGCCGUGUCAACAACGGGGGCUGCAGCAGCCUGUGUCUGGCCAUCCCCCGGGGCCGCCAGUGCGCCUGUGCCCAAGACCAGAUCCUGGGGCCCGACUCCGUCACCUGCCAAGCCAACCCGUCCUACGUCCCCCCUCCGCAGUGCCAGCCUGGGGAGUUUGCCUGCAAGAACAACCGCUGCAUCCAGGAGCGCUGGAAAUGCGAUGGGGACAACGACUGCCUGGACAACAGCGACGAGGCGCUGGAGCUCUGCCACGAGCACACCUGCCCCUCGGACCGCUUCAAGUGCGAGAACAACCGCUGCAUCCCCAACCGCUGGCUCUGCGACGGCGACAACGACUGUGGCAACAACGAGGACGAAUCCAACUCCACCUGCUCUGCUCGGACCUGCCCCCCCAACCAGUUCUCCUGCGCCAGCGGCCGCUGCAUCCCCAUCUCCUGGACCUGCGAUCUGGACGACGAUUGUGGGGAUCGCUCGGAUGAGUCAGCUUCCUGCGCUUACCCCACCUGCUUCCCCUUGACCCAGUUCACCUGCACCAACGGGCGCUGCAUAAACAUCAACUGGAGAUGCGACAAUGACAACGAUUGCGGGGACAACAGCGACGAGGCCGGCUGCAGCCACUCCUGCUCCAGCAACCAGUUCAAGUGCAACAGCGGGCGCUGCAUCCCCGUGCACUGGACCUGCGACGGUGACAACGACUGCGGGGACUACAGCGAUGAGACCCAUGCCAACUGCACCAACCAGGCCACCCGCCCGCCCGGGGGCUGCCACACGGAUGAAUUCCAAUGCCGGCUGGAUGGGCUGUGCAUCCCCAUGCGCUGGCGCUGUGACGGCGACACCGACUGCAUGGACUCCAGCGAUGAGAAGAGCUGCGAGGGCGUCACGCACGUCUGCGACCCCAACGUCAAGUUCGGCUGCAAGGACUCUGCCCGGUGCAUCAGCAAGGCCUGGGUGUGCGACGGAGACAGCGACUGCGAGGACAACUCGGACGAGGAGAACUGCGAGUCGCUGGUGUGCAAGCCGCCCUCCCACACCUGCGCCAACAACACCUCUGUGUGCCUGCCGCCCGAGAAGCUGUGCGACGGCACCGACGACUGCGGCGACGGCUCUGACGAGGGCGAGCUGUGUGACCAGUGCUCUCUGAACAACGGCGGCUGCAGCCACAACUGCACGGUGGCCCCGGGCGAGGGCAUCGUCUGCUCCUGCCCGCUGGGUAUGGAGCUGGGCGCCGACAACCGGACCUGCCAGAUCCAGAGCUACUGCGCCAAGCACCUCAAGUGCAGCCAGAAGUGUGAGCAGGACAAAUACAACGUCAAGUGCUCCUGCUACGAGGGCUGGAUGCUGGAGCCCGACGGCGAGAGCUGCCGCAGCCUGGACCCCUUCAAGCCAUUCAUCAUCUUCUCGAACCGCCACGAGAUCCGGCGCAUCGACCUGCAGAAGGGCGACUACAGUGUUCUGGUGCCUGGCCUGCGUAACACCAUCGCCCUGGACUUCCACCUCAACCAGAGCUCCCUGUACUGGACGGACGUGGUGGAGGACAAGAUCUACCGGGGGAAGCUGCUGGAGAACGGGGCUCUCACCAGCUUCGAGGUGGUGAUCCAGUACGGACUGGCUACGCCCGAGGGCCUGGCCGUGGACUGGAUCGCCGGCAACAUCUACUGGGUGGAGAGCAACCUGGACCAGAUCGAGGUGGCCAAGCUGGACGGCACCAUGCGCACCACGCUGCUGGCUGGGGACAUCGAGCAUCCGCGCGCCAUCGCCCUCGACCCCCGCUACGGCAUCCUGUUCUGGACGGACUGGGACGCCAGCCUGCCCCGCAUUGAGGCAGCUUCCAUGAGCGGCCAGGGCCGGCGCACCAUCCACAAGGAGACGGGCUCGGGGGGGUGGCCCAACGGCCUGACCGUCGACUACCUGGAGAAACGCAUCCUCUGGAUCGACGCCAGGUCGGACGCCAUCUACUCGGCGCUGUACGACGGCUCGGGGCACAUGGAGGUGCUGCGGGGCCACGAGUACCUGUCCCACCCUUUUGCCGUCACCCUGUACGGCGGCGAGGUCUACUGGACCGACUGGCGCACCAACACCCUGGCCAAGGCCAACAAGUGGACGGGCCACAACGUCACCGUGGUGCAGAGAACCAACACGCAGCCCUUCGACCUGCAGGUCUAUCACCCGUCCCGCCAGCCGCUGGCUCCCAACCCCUGCGAGGCCAACGGGGGCAAAGGACCCUGCUCCCACCUUUGCUUGAUCAACUACAACCAGUCUUCCUCUUGCGCCUGCCCCCACCUCAUGAAGCUGGACAAGGACAACACCACGUGUUAUGAGCUGAAGAAGUUCCUGCUGUACGCGCGGCAGAUGGAGAUCCGAGGCGUGGACAUCGACAACCCCUACUACAACUACAUCAUCUCCUUCACCGUGCCCGACAUCGACAACGUCACGGCCGUGGACUAUGACGCCCCGGAGCAGCGCAUCUACUGGUCCGACGUCCGCACCCAGACCAUCAAACGAGCCUUCAUCAAUGGCACUGGCGUGGAGACCGUUGUCUCGGCAGACCUGCCCAAUGCUCAUGGCCUCUCUGUGGAUUGGGUUUCCAGAAACCUCUUCUGGACCAGCUACGACGCCAACCGGAAGCAGAUCAACGUGGCCCGGCUGGACGGCUCCUUCAAGAACGCCGUGAUCCAGGGGCUGGAAAAGCCCCACUGCCUGGUGGUUCACCCACUCCAAGGGAAGCUCUACUGGACGGACGGGGACAACAUCAGCAUUGCCAACAUGGACGGUAGCAACCGCAGCUUCCUCUUCACCAACCAGAGAGGACCUGUCGGCCUGGCCAUCGACUAUCCGGAGAACAAGCUUUACUGGAUCAGCUCCGGUGCCGGCACCAUCAACCGGUGCAACCUGGACGGCAGCGGCCUGGAGGUCCUGGAGGCCAUGAAGAGCCAGCUGAGCAAGGCGACUGCGCUGGCCAUCAUGGGCGACAAGCUGUGGUGGGCCGACCAGGCCUCGGAGAAGAUGGGCACCUGCAACAAGAAGGACGGGACGGGAGCCGUCGUCCUGCGUAACAGCACCACGCUGGUCAUGCACAUGAAGGUCUAUGAUGAGAGCGUCCAGCAUGGUACCAACCCCUGCAGCGUGAACAAUGGUGACUGCUCGCAGCUCUGCCUGCCCACCUCGCCCACCACCCGCUCCUGCAUGUGCACGGCCGGCUACAGCCUCAAGAGCGGGCAGCAGUCCUGCGAGGGCGUGGGCUCCUUCCUGCUGUAUUCGGUGCACGAGGGGAUCCGCGGCAUCCCUCUGGAUCCCAACGACAAGUCGGAUGCCCUGGUGCCCGUGUCUGGGACCUCGCUGGCCGUGGGGAUCGAUUUCCAUGCGGAGAACGAUACCAUCUACUGGGUGGACAUGGGGCUCAGCACCAUCAGCCGGGCCAAGCGUGACCAGACGUGGCGGGAGGACGUGGUCACCAACGGGAUCGGGCGCGUGGAAGGCAUCGCAGUGGACUGGAUCGCAGGAAACAUCUACUGGACAGACCAAGGCUUCGACGUCAUCGAGGUGGCCAGGCUGAACGGGUCGUUCCGCUACGUCGUCAUCUCGCAGGGACUGGACAAGCCUCGGGCCAUCACGGUGCACCCGGAGAAAGGGUACCUGUUCUGGACUGAGUGGGGCCAGUACCCCCGCAUUGAACGCUCCCGCCUGGAUGGAACAGAACGGAUGGUCCUGGUCAAUGUGAGCAUCAGCUGGCCCAACGGGAUAUCAGUCGACUACCAGGACGGGAAGCUGUACUGGUGCGACGCUCGGACGGACAAGAUCGAACGGAUCGACCUGGAGACGGGCGAGAACAGGGAGGUCGUCCUGUCCAGCAACAACAUGGACAUGUUCUCGGUGUCGGUCUUCGAGGAUUACAUCUACUGGAGCGACCGGACCCAUGCGAAUGGAUCCAUCAAAAGGGGCAGCAAGGACAACGCCACGGAGUCGGUGUCUCUGAGGACCGGGAUAGGGGUGCAGCUGAAGGACAUCAAAGUGUUCAACCAAGCCAGGCAAAAGGGCACCAAUGUCUGUGCCCAGAACAAUGGCGGCUGCCAGCAGCUGUGCCUGUUCCGUGGCAACGGGCAACGGACGUGCGCCUGCGCCCACGGCAUGCUCGCCGAGGAUGGGGUGAGCUGCCGGGACUACGACGGCUACCUGCUCUACUCCGAGCGCACCAUCCUCAAGAGCAUCCACCUGUCGGACGAGAGCAACCUCAACGCGCCCGUCAAACCCUUCGAGGACGCCGAGCACAUGAAGAAUGUCAUCGCCUUGGCCUUUGACUACCGCGCCGGUGCUGCCGGCAGCAACCGCAUCUUCUACAGCGACAUCCACUUCGGCAACAUCCAGCAGAUCAGCGACGACGGCACUGGGCGCAAGACCAUCGUGGAGAAUGUGGGCUCAGUGGAGGGGCUGGCGUACCACCGGGGCUGGGACACGCUGUACUGGACCAGCUACACCACGUCCACCAUCACGCGGCACACGGUGGAUCAGAGCCACUUGGGGGCCUUCGAGCGGGAGACGGUCAUCACCAUGUCGGGAGACGAUCACCCCCGAGCCUUCGUGUUGGACGAGUGCCAGAACCUGAUGUUUUGGACCAACUGGAACGAGCAGCAUCCCAGCAUCAUGCGAGCCACCCUGGCUGGCGCCAAUGUCCUCAUCAUCAUCGACCAAGACAUCCGGACGCCCAACGGGCUGGCCAUCGACCACAAGGCCGAGAAGAUCUACUUCUCCGACGCCACGCUGGACAAGAUCGAGCGCUGCGAGUACGACGGGUCCCACCGCUACGUGAUCCUGAAAUCGGAGCCAGUGCACCCCUUUGGCCUGGCCGUCUACGGCGACUACAUCUUCUGGACGGACUGGGUGCGCCGGGCCGUGCAGCGCGCCAACAAGUACGUGGGCACAGACAUGAAGCUGCUCCGUGUGGACAUCCCCCAGCAACCCAUGGGCAUCAUCGCCGUGGCCAACGACACCAACAGCUGCGAGCUGUCCCCCUGCAGGGUGAACAACGGGGGCUGCCAGGACCUGUGCCUGCUAACCCCCAAGGGGCACGUCAACUGCUCCUGCCGGGGCGAGCGGGUCCUGCAGGAAGAUUUCACCUGCAAAGCCCUCAACUCCACCUGCAACGUGCAUGAGUUCGAGUGUGGGAACGGGGAGUGCAUCGACUACAGCCGCACCUGCGACGGCACCGCGCACUGCAAGGACAAGUCCGACGAGAAGCAGUCCUACUGCAGCAGCCGCAAGUGUAAGAAGGGCUUUCUGCACUGCAUGAAUGGGCGCUGCGUGGCCAACGCGUACUGGUGCAACGGCAUGGACGACUGCGGGGACAACUCAGAUGAAGUGCCCUGUAACAAGACCAGUUGCGCGGUGACGGAGUUCCGGUGCCGGGACGGGAGCUGCAUCGGGAACUCGAGCCGCUGUAACCAAUUCAUUGACUGCCAGGACGCGUCGGACGAGAUGAACUGCAGUGCCACCGACUGCAGCAGCUACUUCAAGCUGGGGGUGAAAGGCCUGGCAUUCCAGAAGUGCGAGCACACGUCGCUGUGCUACGCCCCGUCCUGGGUGUGCGACGGAGCCAACGACUGCGGCGACUACUCAGACGAGCAGAACUGCCCAGGAGUGAGGAAACCCAAGUGCCCGGCUAAUUACUUCGCCUGCCCGAGUGGGAGGUGUAUCCCCAUGACCUGGACAUGCGAUAAGGAGGACGACUGUGAGAAUGGCGAAGACGAGACACAUUGCAAUAAAUUCUGCUACCCCGUGCAGUUCGAAUGCAACAACCACCGCUGCAUCUCCAAGCUGUGGGUGUGCGACGGAGCGGACGACUGCGGGGAUGGCUCCGACGAAGACAGCCGCUGCCGGCUGACCACCUGCAGCUCGGGGUCCUUCCAGUGCCCGGGAACAUACGUGUGCGUGCCAGAGCGCUGGCUCUGCGACGGUGACAAGGACUGUGCCGACGGCUCUGACGAGUCCCUAGCUGCUGGCUGCUUGUACAACAGCACGUGUGACGAGCGGGAGUUUAUGUGUGCCAACCGCCAGUGCAUCCCCAAGCACUUCGUCUGCGACCACGACGACGACUGCGGCGAUGGCUCCGACGAGUCCCUGGAGUGCGAGUACCCGACCUGUGGCCCGCACGAGUUCCGCUGCGCCAAUGGCCGCUGCCUCAGCAACAGCCAGUGGCAGUGCGACGGGGAAUUCGACUGCCACGACCAUUCGGACGAGGCGCCCAAGAACCCGCGCUGCACCAGCUCCGAGAGCAAGUGCAACGACUCGUUCUUCCUGUGCAAGAACGGGCGGUGCGUGCCCGAGGCCCUGCUGUGUGACAACAACGACGACUGUGCCGACGGCUCCGAUGAGCUGAACUGCUUCCUCAAUGAGUGUCUCAACAAGAAGCUGAGCGGCUGCUCCCAGGAGUGUGAGGACCUCAAGAUCGGCUAUAAGUGUAGAUGCCGGCCUGGGUACAGACUGAAAGAUGAUGGAAAAACCUGCAUCGACAUUGACGAGUGCACCACCACCUACCCCUGCAGCCAGAAAUGUAUCAACACACUGGGAAGCUUCAAGUGCCUCUGCAUAGAGGGCUACAAACUAAAGCCUGACCACCCAACCAGCUGCAAAGCCCUCACAGACGAAGAGCCCUUCCUCAUCUUCGCCAACCGCUACUACCUGAGGAAACUCAACCUGGACGGCUCCAACUACACGCUGCUCAAACAGGGGCUGAACAAUGCCGUGGCUCUGGACUUCGACUACAGGGAGCAGAUGAUCUACUGGACAGAUGUCACCACGCAGGGCAGCAUGAUCCGCCGCAUGCACAUUAACGGGAGUAACGUCCAGGUCCUUCACCGCACCGGUCUCAGCAACCCCGAUGGACUGGCCGUGGACUGGGUGGGCGGGAACCUGUACUGGUGCGACAAGGGCAGGGACACCAUCGAGGUGUCAAAGCUGAACGGGGCCUACCGCACGGUUCUGGUGAACUCGGGGCUGCGGGAACCAAGGGCGCUGGUGGUGGACGUGCAGAACGGUUACCUGUACUGGACGGACUGGGGCGACCACUCCCUGACCGGCAAGAUCGGGAUGGACGGCACCAACCGGAGUGUCAUCGUAGACAAGAUCACCUGGCCCAACGGCCUCACGGACUACAUCAACAGCCGCAUUUACUGGGCCGAUGCCCGAGAGGACUACAUUGAGUUUGCCAGUCUGGACGGCUCCAACCGGCACAUCGUGCGAGCCAGGACCAUCCCGCACAUCUUUGCCUCACCCUACUUUGAGGACUACAUACUGGACCGAUGGGAGACCAAGUCCAUCAACGAGCUCACAAGACCACCGGGGCCAAACAAGUCCAUGCUGAUCAGCACAUUGCGGCCCAUGGACAUCCACAUCUACCAUGCCUACCGCCAGACGGACGCGCACUCUCCUCUCCCCAGUCCCCAGCACCCCUGCAAAACCAACAACGGCGGCUGUAGCAACCUGUGUCUCCUGUCCCCGGGCGGCACGCACAAGUGCGCCUGCCCCACCAACUUCUACCUGGGCGGCGAUGGCAAGACCUGCGUCUCCAACUGCACGGCCAGCCAGUUUGUUUGCAAGAAUGACAAGUGCAUCCCUUUCUGGUGGAAAUGCGACACAGAGGACGACUGCGGGGACCGCUCGGACGAGCCCGAGGAUUGCCCUGAAUUCAAGUGCCGCCCAGGACAGUUCCAGUGCUCCACCGGGAUCUGCACCAACCCGGCCUUCAUCUGCGACGGAGACAACGACUGCCAGGACAACUCGGACGAGGCCAACUGCGAUAUCCAUGUCUGCCUGCCCAGCCAGUUCAAAUGCACCAACACCAACCGCUGCAUCCCUGGGAUCUUCCGUUGCAAUGGGCAGGACAACUGCGGGGACGGCGAGGACGAGAAGGAUUGUCCGGAGGUGACCUGCGCCCCCAAUCAGUUCCAGUGUGCCGUCACCAAGCGCUGCAUCCCCCGCGUCUGGGUGUGCGACCGGGACAACGACUGUGUGGACGGAUCAGACGAGCCCGCCAACUGCACACAAAUGACGUGUGGUGUGGAUGAGUUCCGGUGCAAGGAUUCGGGCCGAUGCAUCCCAGCGCGCUGGAAAUGCGACGGGGAGGACGACUGCGGGGACAGCUCGGAUGAGCCCAAGGAGGAAUGCGACGAGCGCACCUGCGAGCCGUACCAGUUCCGCUGCAAGAACAACCGGUGUGUGCCAGGCCGCUGGCAGUGCGACUACGACAAUGACUGCGGGGACAACUCGGACGAGGAGAGCUGCACGCCCAGGCCCUGCUCGGAGAGCGAAUUCUCCUGCGCCAACGGGCGUUGCAUCGCUGGCCGCUGGAAAUGCGACGGGGACCACGACUGCGCCGACGGCUCCGAUGAGAAGGACUGCACACUGCGCUGUGAGUUCGACCAGUUCCAGUGCAAGAACGGGCACUGCAUCCCCAUGCGCUGGCGCUGCGACGCCGACGCCGACUGCAUGGACGGCAGCGACGAGGAGAACUGCGGCACCGGGGUGCGCACCUGCCCCCUGGACGAGUUUCAGUGCAACAACACCCUGUGCAAGCCGCUGGCAUGGAAGUGUGACGGAGAGGACGACUGUGGGGACAACUCGGACGAAAACCCCGAGGAGUGCUUGAGGUUCCAGUGCCCGCCCGGCCGACCGUUCCGCUGCAAGAAUGACCGCGUGUGCCUGUGGAUCGGGCGUCAGUGCGACGGCAUCGACAACUGCGGGGACGGCACAGAUGAGCGGGACUGCGAGUCGCCCACCGCCAGGCCCAAGAGCUGCAACCACGAGAAGAACGAAUUCCUCUGCAAGAAUAAGAAAUGCAUCAGCUCCUUCCUGCGCUGCAACUUCUUCGACGACUGCGGGGAUGGCUCGGACGAGGAGCAGUGUUCCCAGGGCGAUCCCAAGAUGUACGGCUGCCACACCAACGUGACCAUGUGUGGGGACGAGGCCAAGUGCGUCCAGUCCCAGACGGCCGUGUACUGCACCUGCCGCAGUGGCUUCCAGAAAGCCCCUGACAAAAAUACCUGCCAAGACAUCAACGAGUGCUCGACGUUCGGGACCUGCUCCCAGCUCUGCAACAACACCAAGGGGUCCCACGUCUGCAGCUGCACCCGGAACUUCAUGAAGACCCAUCACAUGUGCAAGGCGGAAGGCUCGGAGCAGCAGAUCCUCUACAUCGCCGACGACAACAAGAUCCGCAGCAUGUACCCCUUCAACCCCAACUCGGCCUACGAGCCGGCCUUCCAGGGCGACGAGAAUGUGCGCAUCGACGCCAUGGACAUCUACGUCAAGGGCAACAAGAUCUACUGGACCAACUGGCACACGGGCAAGAUCUCCUACCGCGAGCUGCCGUCGUCCACCGCCUCCAACCGCAACCGCCGGCAGCUGGACGGGAGCGUCACCCACCUCAAUAUCUCGGGGCUCAAGAUGCCGCGGGGCAUCGCCGUGGACUGGGUGGCCGGGAAUGUCUACUGGACGGACUCCGGGCGCGACGUCAUCGAGGUGGCGCAGAUGAAGGGUGACAACCGCAAGACGCUGAUCUCGGGCAUGAUCGACGAGCCCCACGCCAUCGUGGUCGACCCGCUUCGAGGGACCAUGUACUGGUCCGACUGGGGCAACCACCCCAAGAUCGAGACGGCCGCGAUGGAUGGGACCAUGAGGGAGACGCUGGUGCAGGACAAUAUCCAGUGGCCAACAGGCCUGGCUGUCGACUAUCACAAUGAGCGGCUGUACUGGGCCGACGCCAAGCUCUCUGUCAUCGGCAGCAUCCGUCUCGACGGCACCGACCCCGUCGUGGCCAUCGAUAACAAGAAAGGACUGAGCCACCCCUUCAGCAUCGACAUCUUUGAGGAUUACAUCUAUGGCGUCACCUACAUUAACAACCGCAUCUUCAAGAUCCACAAAUUCGGGCACGGGCCCGUCACCAACCUGACGUCUGGGCUGAACCACGCCACCGACGUGGUGCUCUACCACCAGUACAAGCAGCCGGAUGUGACCAAUCCCUGUGACAGGAAGAAAUGCGAGUGGCUCUGCUUACUCAGCCCCAGCGGCCCCGUCUGCACCUGCCCCAACGGGAAGCGGCUGGACAAUGGCACGUGCGUGGUGAUCCCUUCGCCCACCGUCUCGCCCGUCGUCCCGACCAGCGACACCUGCGACCUGGUCUGCCUGAACGGGGGGAGCUGCUUCCUGAACGCCCGCAAGCAGGCCAAGUGCCGCUGCCAGCCACGCUACAACGGCGAGAAGUGCCAGCUGGACCAGUGCUGGGAUUACUGCCAGAACGGGGGCACCUGCGCCGCCUCCCCGUCAGGGAUGGCGACGUGCCGCUGCCCCACCGGCUUCACCGGGCCCCGGUGCAACCAGCAGGUGUGUGCCGAAUACUGCCUGAACAAUGGCAGCUGCAGCGUCAACCAGGGCAACCAGCCCAACUGCCGCUGCCCGGACGGCUUCCUCGGCGACCGCUGCCAGUUCCGUCAGUGCUUCGACUACUGCGAGAACGACGGCGUGUGCCAGCUGGCGGCCGGUGGGGCCAAGCAGUGCCGCUGUCUGCCGAAGUACGAGGGCGCCCGCUGCCAGGUCAGCAAGUGCUCCCGCUGCCAGGAGGGCACAUGCAGCAUCAACAAGCAGACCGGCGAGGUCACCUGCACCUGCCCAGAUGGCAAGGUGGCACGGAGCUGCCUGACCUGCGACAACUACUGCCUGAACGGGGGCACCUGCACCAUGAACAGCAGGACACAGAUGCCAGAAUGCCAGUGCACGACGGAUCUGACGGGGCUGCGAUGCGAGGAGUUUGUGGUCAGCGAGCAGCAGAGCGGCCGAACAGCCUCCAUCGUCAUCCCCAUCGUAUUGCUGCUGCUCAUCGUGCUGCUGGCCCUGGCAGUCUUCUGGUACAAGCGGCGGGUUAAAGGCGCCAAGGGCUUCCAGCACCAGCGGAUGACCAACGGCGCCAUGAACGUGGAGAUCGGGAACCCCACCUACAAGAUGUACGAGGGGGAGCCGGAGGACGAUGUGGGGGAGCUGCUGGACGCCGACUUCACCCUGGACCCAGACAAGCCCACCAACUUUACCAACCCUGUCUACGCCACCCUCUACAUGGGAGCCCACAACAGCCGGAACUCGCUGGCCAGCACAGACGAGAAGCGGGAGCUGCUGUCGCGGGGCACGGACGACGACCUGGCUGACCCGCUGGCAUAGGGGGCAGGGAGGGGGGGUUGGGCAACCCCCUAGCGCAGGGGGCAGAGACGGGGGAGGGGGCUGCGGUGCCGCCAGUUUGGAAAAGCAGCCAAUAAAGAGACAAGCUGGGGGGGGACAGACACUGUAUAAAUGUACAAAUGAAGGAUUAUUACUUUUAUAUGUGAGCAGUAUUAUUACCUGUCUAUUCCCCGGGCCAGGCUCCCCCUGCGGGACGAGCUGGCAUCUCAGAGCGGGCACAGCGAGGGGCUGAAGCCAGGGGGGUGUCGGAGCAGGAACAGCAAGAGGUUAAAGUGGGGGGGACACCCGGCUUGGCUCCAUAGGGCUGGGUCCAGGGCUGAUGGGGGGAUCCCCCCCUUGGCUGUGGGGGGAGCUGCAUGGCAGCAUUAACCCUGCAAUCACACCCCGCCUCCCCCGGAGCUGCCGGCUCCUCGGCUGGGUUCCGGUGGGUUCCCCCCCCCCAGAGUGCCAUGUCCAGGCCCCCCGAAGCGACGAACAAAUCAGUCUGGGGCCGACACCGUGACUCCAUCCCCCCCCUACCCACAGCCUCCCCCCACCAGCAGCUGCAGGGGGAGGAGCCAGAUGGUGCAUGGGAGAAAGUGAUGAGAGCUCCUCCCCCUUGUCCUCAACCCCGCCCCUCCCAUCCCCUUUCACCAUUGCAAUCCUGUCCCACCAAUCUAGUCCCUCACUCCAACCUCACCAAUCACCUUCCUUCCUGACCCACUCCCAUCCCACCAAUCACCUUCCUUCCCGCCCCUGCUCCCCACCAAUCACCUUCCUUCCUGCCCCCACUCCCAAUCACCUUCCUUCCCUUGUCCCGCUCCCAUCCCACCAAUCACCUUCCUUCCCUUGUCCCGCUCCCAUCCCACCAAUCACCUUCCUUCCCGCCCCUGCUCCCCACCAAUCACCUUCCUUCCCUCAUCCUGCUCCCAUCCCACCAAUCACCUUCCUUCCCGCCCCUGCUCCCCACCAAUCACCUUCCUUCCCUCAUCCUGCUCCCAUCCCACCAAUCACCUUCCUUCCUACCCCCACUCCCAUCCCACCAAUCACCUUCCUUCCCUCGUCCCGCUCCCAUCCCACCAAUCACCUUCCUUCCCGCCCCUGCUCCCCACCAAUCACCUUCCUUCCCUCGUCCCGCUCCCAUCCCACCAAUCACCUGCCCCAGAGCACUCUCUGGGUGGGAUCCCCUUUUCCUCCUCCCCCCGCCCCGGCACUGAUUCCCGGGGUGGCUCCAUCGGGGCUGGGGGCGUUUGGGGGCCUGCGCCCCCUGGCCCCGCGGCUGGAGCUGGGGGCUCCUUUCCUUUGCGCCCGGCGCCACGUUUAGUGCAUGCUCCUGCGGCCGAAGGGGGGGACCCGGGCACCGCGCUGGGCACCGCGCCGGGCACCGCGCUCACCUAGGGCUGCCGCCGGCCUGCCCCACGGGGCCAGCUUCAUCUCCACUCGUUUCUCCCACAGGCAUUUUUUUUAAAACCGAAUCAAAUGGCCUAGCUUUUCUAGUAGGGACGGGAUAACGCCUGUGGGGGGCGGGGCCCUCCGGCCUUUGGCGAGGGGGCACCUUUUCAUAACUUUUGCUGGAUUACUUUACAACUAAACACAGAGAUUGUUAUAAAUAAAAUUUUUAAAAACUGA